CACCGGGAGCGGGAACCGGCGGCACCGGGAGCAUGGCGGGGCUGGAGCUGCUGUCGGACGCGGGGUUCCGAGCCGAUGGGCGCCGGCCGGACGAGCUGCGCAAGGUGCGGGCCCGGCUGGGGGUGCUGGCGCGGGCCGACGGUUCGGCCUACCUGGAGCAGGGCAACACCAAGGUGCUGGCGGCCGUGUACGGCCCGCACGAGUGGGUGCCGCAGGUGCAGCACAGCGUGGACGUCAUCGGCAACGAGGGGACCAUGCUCACCCAGCUGUACCCCCGCUCCCAGAUCGAUGUGCACGUCCAGGUUCUCCAGGCAGACGGGGGCGAGCUGGGGGCCAGCGUCAGCGCGGCCGGGCUGGCCCUGCUGGACGCGGGCGUGGCGCUGCGCGGCGCCGUGGUGGCCGGAUCGGCCGGGCUGGCCGAGCCCCCCGCCGGACCCCCGGUGGCCCUGAGCGACCUGAGCGCGGCCGAGGAGGCGGCCGGCGGCCCCCGGCUGGUGGUGGCCACGGUGGGCGGCGGUGGCCAGCUGGCCCUGUGCCAGCUGAGCGCCCGGCUGCACCAGGACAGGCUGCGGCCGGCGCUGGACGCCGCGCGGGACGCGUGCCGCGCGCUCGGCGCCGUGCUGGACGGCGUGUUCCUGACCACAGUGACCACCCUGGGACACCCCCACGGAGCAGUGACCAUCACAGUGACCAUCACAGUGACCACCACAGUGACCAUCACAGUGACCAUCACAGUGACCAUCACAGUGACCAUCACAGUGACCAUCACAGUGACCAUCAGUGACCACCACAGUGACCACCACAGUGACGUUGUACUGUCCGACUGA